UCAGAGACUAAACACGAAAAGCAUCAGCGGUCCCUGAGGUUGGUUAUUCCUUAUUUCACUGCACACUCCCUUCCGUACGCAGCGACGCCGUUUUGCGUACCCUAACCCCGAUUCCCUCCUCGAAAAGCUGGUGCUUCCACUUCUCUAAUAUUGAAAGUAUCCACAUUCCCAAUUUCACCCGCUUCCCCUUUUCUUCCACUGUUCUUAGUUAAAUUAUGUCGGGCAGAAACCGCGGGCAACCCCUUCCUCCUCCGCAUGCCGCGGGGCUAUCGCCGCCAAUUCACGACCACCCGGUGUUCGGCGCUCGGGCCCAUCACCAUCUAGUGGGACCCAUUGUCCCCGCCCAUCCCCACCCCGCGCUUCUGGAAGAAUUCCGGGACUCGCAGCUAGGGCUGGGCCCACGCGGGCCCAUUCCGCUUCACCCGGCGGCGAUCAUCGAGGAGCGUCUCGCGGCCCAGCACCAGGACAUUCAGGGCCUUCUGGGCGACAACCAGAGGCUCGCCGCCACCCAUGUGGCCCUUAAGCAGGAGCUAGAGGCAGCCCAACACGAGCUCCAACGCGUGGCGCACUUCCGAGACUCGCUCCGGGCAGACACAGAGGCCCGCAUGAGGGAGCUCUACGACAAGUCGGCCCAGCUCGAGGCCGAACUCCGGGGCACCGAGGCCACCCGGGCCGAGCUCCUCCAGGUCCACGCCGACAUCAAGGAGCUCACAGCUGUCCGUCAGGACCUGUCCGGACAGGUGCAGGCCAUGACGCAGGACUUGGCCCGCAUGACUGCCGAUGCCAAACGGCUGCCGGCGCUCAGGGCCGAUGUGGAGGCCAUGAAACAGGAGUUGCAAUGUGCAAGGGCUGCCAUUGAGUAUGAGAAGAAGGGAUUCGCAGAAAACUAUGAGCAUGGUCAAGUGAUGGAGAAGAAGUUGGUUGCAAUGGCUCGGGAGAUGGAGAAGCUUCGUGCGGAAAUUGCGAAUGCAGAGAAAAGAGCACGAGCUGCCGCGGCAGCUGGGAAUCCAGGCCCAGGGUAUAAUGCAAAUUAUGGCAAUGUUGAUGCUGGAUACGCUGGAAAUCCUUACCCUGGAAUUUAUGGCAUGAACCCAGUACAGUCUGGAGGGGAGAAUUUUCCUCAGUAUGGACCAGGGCCUGGGGCUUGGGGUGCAUAUGACAUGCAGCGAGGUCAAGGACACAGAUAGAUUCCUGUUAAGCAAUCAUAUAACUGGUAUCUUGGGUUGCAACUUUCUAGAUGAUUGGUUGUUUCAUCUACUAAUGAAUGUCCUGGGAAAUUGUCUUUUAGGAGGUCUUUGAAGUUGUACUUUAUAAAGCUCACAUGUAGGUUGAUGAUGUCGUAGAUGAUGGUUGUCUAUGGUGUCAAAUAAGGGACAUUUUGUUUUGUUAUCUUGUUUUUGUGGUGUGGCUCUCAUGUUAAUCUUGGUUCUUUAAAUUAAGUCUUUUUGCAUGGUUUCUUUAAUUUCUAUCUGGUAUACUUAUUUGGAGGUUGCUCUUUGUCAAAAGUAUGCAACUAUCAUUGGAUUUUAUGUAAAUAUUAGCAAAUUGUUAGCCAUCACUGCCUCCUAGGGCAAGGAAAAGAUAAGUUGUUUUUCUAUCUCUUCUUUUCACUUAAUGUGCUUUGUAGUUAGUGAUUUGAAUUUGCUCAAGGAGUCAAAGUAUACGAUCUCUGUUGGAGCUUUUAAGUAUCAGCUUCUCUGUGAUCAUCACCAGCACAGAAGCAAACUAUAGUUGCUGUGUAAUAGGCUUUCUAGGAAGCAGUAUGAAACUGCUAAAGAAAAUGAAAUAUCUGUUGGACCUCUUGUCAGUAAAGAAAAUGAAAAUAUUUGCUAGAUCGUGCCUUCAGAUACAAA